UUUUCUUUCUAACGGCAAUAUCUCUUUUACUCAACAAGUAACGUGUUGAUGAUGUUUUGAAAGGUAGCACACUCCCUUGAAGAAGGAAAGGAUCUGUUCGCUUGAAAUCAUGCUAUCCUAGUGACGAGGUUUACCAACUCAUAUAAUUUUGCCGAGCAAUUGUCGAUCUCGCCUCCUCAUUUGCAACGUACCAAUAUGGCUUCUCCUGCGGAUGCUGUAGCUGCUGGAGAAGAGGAUGAUGACUACAUGAACAUGACCUUUGAAGAUCCAGAAGCCUCCAAAAAGACCGAAACCCUCACACAACGAAAGAAACGACUCGCAAGAGAGGCCGAAAUCAAAGCACGACCAAAGUCGAAGGCAGAGCUGGCAGAAGAAGAGCGCAAGAAGAGAGAGCUUGCGCUAAACUCUACCACGUUGGACACUAGCAACAAGGGUUUCAAGAUGAUGGCGGCGCUCGGGUACAAGCCCGGAACAGCGUUGGGUGUUUCCAGGCCGGGAGCAAGCGCAGACAAAGAUGACAGAUUACUCGAGCCUAUAGGACUUGAGAUGAGGGACACGCGGAGCGGCGUGGGCGCGGAUGCAGAGAAGAAACGCAAAUUUCGCGUAGAGAUGGAGGCGCAGGCAGAAGUUGAGAAGAAGCGCAAGGUCGAGACUGGCGACUUCAGAGAACGACAGCAGAAAGAGCGAGAGGAAAAGAAGAUGGAAGGGCAGAUGUGGGGAGCGAUGAAGGUCUGCGAGAGGCUUGAGGAGGAAGAUGAAGAGGCUAAAGAUACCGCCGACGGCGGUCCGGAUUCUGUGAAGCGACGGAGGACGAAGCCCCUCAAGAGUGUCAAUGUCCUGUGGCGGAAUCUUGUCAAGCAGAGAGCUAUCAACGAGCGAGAUCGGAGGAUGAGAUACGACCUGCAUCAGUCGUUGUCAAGGCGUCCGGACUACGAUGACCCCGAGGAAGAGAAAGAAGAUAAGAUGGCUCUAGGCAAGAAGGCUGAGACUGAGGAGGUCGAUGUAGAUCUCGACGAGGAAGACGAGGAGCUCGACGAGUUUGAAGCGCUGGAGGUAGCGGAGAAACUGACUAGGUUGGUGGCCUAUCUGCGAGAGAGGUGGCAUUACUGCUUCUGGUGCAAGUAUCAGUACCCGGACAAAGAGAUGGAAGGUUGUCCUGGCUUGACCGAGGAGGAUCAUGAUUGAAGCACGGAACAGGUAUCAUCGUAAUCACCAUCAAAGUCGGUUUAAACAAGA